AAUGAGACCCGGAAGUGAACGUACCUCUGGGUGUUGAGUCACAGACGGACUUUGUGCUGAAAUGGAUUAAAGACUCACAGUGUUCAUGUGUCAUCACCUUUAAAGCCUCCUCACACGUUUAGUACACAAUGCAGCAGCAGCUCAGUGUCCUGCUCCUGUUCUGGGGGGUUGCGUUCACUACAGGACUGCAGCAGUUCGAGUCCCAAACACCAGACUGGAGGAAGACUUUAAACACCAUCAGGAACGGAAUACACAGGAUAGACACGUAUCUGAACUACGCUCUGGAUCUAAUAGGAGGAUCUGAUGGGCUGUGUCAGUUUAAAUGCAGUGAUGAGUACAAACCCGUCCCCAGACCUCAUUAUAAACACUCUCCGCCCAACGGAUGCGGCUCACCGCUGUUUGGAUUUCAGUUUGAUAUCGGGAUGCCGUCGAUGACAAAAUGCUGUAAUCUGCACGACCGCUGCUACGAUACAUGUGGAAGAGAGAAACGUGACUGUGAUGAUCAGUUCCAUGUCUGCUUGGAGACCAUAUGUAAGAAUGUACAGGUUACUCUGGGACUGGACCAGAGUGUACAAGCAUGUGACUCAGCGGUGACUCUGCUGUUCGAUGCCGUCAUGCACCUGGGCUGUAAACCCUACCUGGACAGCCAGAGAGCUGCUUGUAUCUGUCACUAUGAGGAGAAAAGUGACCUCUGAUCAGCUGCAUUUGGGUUCUGAAAUCUUGACGCCACCGAGGAACGUCCGAGGGGUCAGAAACUCCGUCCUCGAUGUCUUCAGCACUUUGUAACUUUUAUUGUUUUCCUGCACUUUAAAGGAUCCAUAUGUGAUGUUUGAAAGUGUUUCUAAAAUUGUAGUAAACAAAUAAUAUAGAAGAAACUUCUAAAAAAAAAACUGCUUCAUAAUAACGCUAUACAGUGAAUCUUGGUAGUUUUUAAAUUGACAUUUUUCUGCCCCUGAAAUUAAAAUUUCACUUUAAACAGAAACUCAUGCGGCUUUCAUGGUUUUAAUAGUAUAUGAUUUCAUUGCAGUUGCAGUUCACUUGACAGACAACAGUGGGUGCUAAAAUGCACCGCUCAUGUCAUGUGCAGGGUGAAUCAGAUGAUCUAGAGGAAACAAUAGCCCUUCUUCUCUCUAAUGUUGGACUCUUAGUCCAGUCCCCUUCUCUGAAGUUGUCUAGUUUGUCUUUGAAGGCUUUCUAACUCGCACUUUAGAAUAAAACAAUUCUUGAAUGCGGUUCUCAUGAUAAAAUGUGAAAGCUGUCAUGUAGGACCAGAAGUACAGCACGAACCUGUAGGACCAGAAGUACAGCACGAACCUGAGGCCACCUGUAGGAGGUCAUUCGAGGUCGUUUGCACUGUUACUCAGAUGCGCACUCGCUCAGGACCAUAGAAGAGCUCUGAAUACACAGAAGGACUCACUAACACACACGAGUCCUGAGAAUGCUAAGAAUCUUUGUGUCAGUUAUGAUGCUGACUGCUUGAUGCACUUCAUUUAUUAAUUAAUCAUGCUGUAGAGGAUUUUCCAUGAUGCUGUCAUGGUGUAGGAAUUCUUUUUACCUAAAAAUAAAAUCCUUUGAAUCCUA